CACAUUCAGAGCUGAUCUUCCUUUUAUGGCAGUGACAAGUAAUCAAAUCAGCCUCAUCACAUGACGACUCAGUGUUCAGUGUUGUCUAUCUUCUAAAUAUUCUGGCCUUAUUCUCUACUUGUGAUGAAAUCGACUGUGGCGAUCCCACCCGAGAUGAAGACAGGAUUACGGCGAAGUCAUGUUAAGUCACGACAUGGAUGUGGGCAAUGUAAGAGUAGAAGGAAAAAGUGCGAUGAAAGGCCUCCGGUUUGUAGCAACUGUAAGCGAAGGAAGCUAAAAUGCGACUACGAGGAUCUCUUCAACACAGAAUCAUCGGCUUCGGCCUCAUCUUCGUUGGAAACCGCCGAAGGGAAUGCGGAAGAAUUGAAUAUAGUAUUCGAAUUCAGCCAAAUUGUAAGCCAUUCUGCGAUUUCUGAGAAUCCUCCAAAGCCUACUAGAGCCACUGAAGGACAAGGGAAUGCGCACGAGGAGAGUUCCGAUGAUCCCAAUGCUGGGCAUUCUCCGGCCGACGCUUUUCCGCUAAUGAUCCAAUAUCCGAGCAAUCUCGCCUACUCUGACCAACCCGGUCAAGCCAAUGAGCUUAUUUUUCAUUUCUUGACAAUUGCAGGGCACACACUUGCUCAUGACAAUAUUGCAUUCCAAUAUUGGCAGCAGAUUGCAUAUUCAAUUCCGCAGACGCAUGACUUUGUGAGGCAUACUCUACUCGCAUUUUCCUCGCUUCAUAUUGCGCAUCUGCAACCGCAGAAUUCUCAGAAAUAUUUGAUGCUCACUAGCCAUCACCAUGGGAUAGCGAUCACCCGAUUCAAAGAGCAAGUACAAGUUGUUGAUGGUAGUAACUGCGAUGCAGUAUUUAUUUUUUCAGCCCUUCUAAUUCUCACCGAGCUGGGCUUGAUGCAUCCUGUCUGGAAUGGAGAUAAUGUCGACACUGAUCCAGUUGAUAAGCUAAUGCAGCAACUCACGGUCACUCGGAAUGUCUUAGUCUUGUGGCGCGAUGCCCCAUUAUUCCGCACCGAGUCCAUGAUCAGAGAGCUCGUCGGCCAUGGAAGACACCCACAUACGAACGCUAUCGUCUCGGAAGUAAACGCAAUCUUGUCGUAUCUUGAAGUUCUCAACCAGAAGAUGGUGACAGAUCUUGAUGAACGGACGACGUAUUCAGAGUCUAUCCGGGAACUGGGCGCCAGCUACUACUUUACGAUCCUGAGGCCGAAGAGUUGGUUUUCGGCAUUGCGAUGGGCUAAAGGCAUUUCCCCGGCUUUUCUUAUGCGUUUAAAGGCAAGACGCCCCCUAGCGCUGCUUAUACUGGCUCAAUACUGUGUGUUGGUUCGCAGAACCAGUCGUAAUCACUGGUGGAUGAGAGGAUGGAGUGAACAGAUUUUUAAUCAUGUGGUUUCUCUCCUCGACAGCCAAUGGAUGCCAUACUUGAGAUCGGCUACCAUUGCAAUGAAUGAGGAUCAAUGACCUUGUUACAAUUGUUUGUUCUGUCACGUUUUAAUCUUCGGGUAGUCGAAUAGAAAUUUCUUUUUAUUUUUUUUUA